GUGAGAUAUCAUGAUAUGAAGCCAGUAUUUUGAUUCUUGACUUCUAAGAUCAACCAAAUUGUCCUCAGGUCUGAAGUGUGCUUCUUUCAAGCCUUCUUUCUGGUCUUGUACGCAACACACUUCAUCUUAUCUACACCCCCAAUCUCUCAACUUCAAGAUCAACAACAUCAGAGUAUUAAUUACUCUCUUGAUGAGCUAUCGAUCCUUCUAACCGCAAAAUAAAAAUAUUCGUCUCGAAAUUUCCAACUUCAUCAACCAUGAACAAUAUGGAGCCAUCUAGGUUGCUCCUUGCAAAGGCCGACUGCGGCAAUGCUGAAGAAAGAAUCGAAUUCGAGGCCAUCCUCGCAAAUCACAUGAGAUUAAAUCUAGAUCUCUUUGAUCUUGGUGAAGAAGGCCUCAAAAAGACAAUCCAAGGAAAGCUCAUAGUUGCUAAGAAGUUUUCAAAUGACCAGUUGGACCUCGCAGUUUCUGAAGUAUUGCAAGAUGCCAUUAGGGGGUCUUUCGACGAACAGAAAUUCAUAGCAGACGAGGAGGGGCUCGCUUCUGCCAGACGAGCAGAAGUUUCGUCGGAGCUUAAAGUACUGGAGAACAAGAUACGCGAGGUCGUCGGUUUUUAAGCCGCGACGGAAAUGGAAAAAGAAAACGACUAUCUCAAAGAAAGAAUUGAACUACUCGAACCCAUUGUAUCUCAUAGCCUAGGCGUACGUCGAGGCUUCGUCGAGACUGGCAAGAUGAAGUAUGCUGAAGGGAAAUGGGUUCACAUCGAGUAUAGAGGCUCGCCAGACAAAGACAUUAUAAGCCAACGUAAUAUCGCUUGUCACUAUGGUGAUAUCGAUGUGGACUUUCCACAUUGGAAGCUAUCAGAUUGGGGCAAGCAUACAUUAGUUAGGAGAAUCUCGAAAGCUACUAUGGUGUCUCGCCUUCGGAAUAUGGAUCACUUUUUAACACUUUGGAGGAUCUCUCUUGGAUGUAUAGUUUACGGGCAACUAUGCUCAGGUGCUUCUAUCACACUGAGCAUACUUACGGUAAGAAGAUGGAAAAGAUGUUUGAUCAAAACUUUGCAGAAUGCAUGGAAAUUUACACCGCUCUAGCUCAAUACUGGCUUGAGAAAGGUAGAGAUAGCUACUUGAGCAGAGUUAGGAGGUUCGACAAUCUCGAGAUUGAACCUGGCUGGACGCAGAGUUCAUGGUGUCUUGAAUUCACGGAAUCAGCUGUCGAGGAAACAAUCAAAAAGAAGAACAGAUGUUCGAGGACUUACGUCUAUUCAGAUCAUUGCAGUCACGCAGACAGACUUCUGAAAGGAAAUUUUUAGACAAAAACACCGCAGUUGUCGCUGCAUACCUGGAGAGCGCAUGAAUAAUCAAUCACUCAGACUUCCCAAGCUCUUGCAAAUACUUUAUCGCUGUACUCAUCUCUUGCA